AUGAAGCUUCAUUACUGCAGCGAUUUUUGGUUCCUUUUAUUCGUGACUCGUUCAAGACCAUGGUCAUCACAAUUUCAUAAUUUUAUUGAGCUUCUUAUGCAAUCUACUUUUAAAGAGAAUGCUUUUUCAAAUGAAGAUAGAUGUAAAGUUAAAGUAAGCGGUAGUGACGUAACGUUGGAAUCCCUGUUGUUCUCCUUUGGCAAACUGAAGAUAUGA